CACCCCGUCCUAUCCAUUUUUUCUCGUUCAUCCUCCCUCCUCACGCGCCCUCUCUAUCCCCUGUCUCUCCGCCUCUUUUCUAUACUCCCAGCUCUAUAUCCAUCGCAACCAUGGCCGACAACAACGACGCCCAGCAUGAGCACACCUUCGACAGCGCCGAUGCCGGUGCCUCGGCUACCUUCCCCAUGCAGUGCUCUGCCCUACGCAAGAACGGCCACGUUGUGAUCAAGGGCCGUCCUUGCAAGAUCGUCGACAUGUCCACUUCCAAGACUGGAAAGCACGGUCACGCCAAGGUUCACUUGGUUGCCCUCGACAUCUUCACUGGCAAGAAGUACGAAGACUUGUCCCCGUCUACCCACAACAUGGACGUCCCCGUCGUCGUCCGCAAGGAUUACCAGCUCAUUGACAUUAGUGAGGACGACGGCUUCAUGUCCCUUAUGGAAGACUCUGGAUCUACCAAGGAUGAUGUCAAGGUCCCUGACGGUGAACUUGGUGAGAGAAUCACGAAGGCCUUCGGCGAGGGCAAGGAUGUCAACGUCACUGUCCUGUCUGCUAUGGGUGAAGAGGCUGCUAUCGAUCUCAAGAGCAACUAGAUUACUAUCACCCGAGCCCCUACAUCUCCUUUAAUACUUCAUGUCCAAAAAAUCAAAAUUCAUGCCCUCACGAAUUUUUGGGAGCAGCCAUGUCUCGCCAGUGGUAUGAAACUCGCUGUGAUGAUUGGCAUGGGCGUUUUGCUCAUUUGUUUCUUUCCUCAUAAUGUCAAGAUACUCGCGGGCGGACUAUGGUCUGCGCCGACAGUGCGAAACUUUAAGCAUUUCAUGAUGGUCGCAUCAACCAAUUCCUUUACUUAGUCGUCAUUACUAUCACCGUAAAUACCUUAUAGUGUAUGUACGUUUCUGGAGAUUUUGGAAAUUUUAUAGAUUCUGUAGAUGUGUAAAGAGUGCCGCCUGAUUUGUCGUUGCCACCGUUUGGGGAAAGCGGGUUCCGGCAUUCUCCCGUCCCAGGAAAUGAUUGCUAG